AUGCCUCACUCUCCAAAGCGUCCACGCCUCACAUUUGAGCCAGGCUUUAAGACCCAAAGUGAGAUACAAGGCCUGCUGAUGGUUCAGGAUCCCAUACCUGAGGAGGAGGAGGAAGAGGAGACCUUCUCCAUUUCUUCUUGCUCUUUCACCUUCUCCUACCCUUCUUCUUCCCCCCCUUCCUCUCCUCUGAUAUUGGGUACACUAGUGGAGAAGCAGCAGGAGGAGAAAAAGUGGGAGGAGAAGGAGCAGCAGGAGGAGAAGGAGCAGCAGGAGGAGGAGAAUAAGGAGCAGGAGGAGGAGGAGCAGAAGGAGGAGGAGGAGCAGGAGGAGGAGAAGCAGCAGGAGGUAGAGAAGGAGCAGCAGGAGGAGGAGAAUAAGGAGCAGGAGGAGGAGGAGCAGAAGGAGGAGGAGGAGCAGCAGGAGAAGGAGCAGCAGGAGGAGAAGGAGCAGCAGGAGGAGAAGGAGCAGGAGGUAGAGAAGGAGCAGCAGGAGGAGGAGGAGAUGGAGCAGAAGCAGGAGGAAGAGCAGGAGCAGGAGGAGGAGGAGGAGGAGCAGGAGCCUCUGGAGAGUCCCAGGAGGUUCUUCUCUUCCACGUCAUGGAGCACAUCAGAUGAAGACUCCAGCAGCCAAGAAGAGGAGGGCAUAGGCUCUCUCCAGGCCUCAGAAGACACCAAAUCCUUGCCCAGUAACCUGCUAAAUGAGAAGGUGGUAAAUUUGGUGCAUUUCAUGAUCCUCAAAUAUCAACAGAAGGAGCCCAUCACAAAGGCAGAAAUGCUCAAGGUUAUCAUCGAAAGGGAUAACAAACAAUUCCCUGUGAUCUUUGAGAAAGCUUCUAAGUGCCUAGAGGUGAUCUCUGGCAUUGAUGUGAAGGAAGUGGACCCUAAAACCCACUCCUAUGUCCUUGUCAACUCAUUAGGCCUCACCCAUGAUAAGAAAGAUAGUGAUGAUCAGAGCAUGCCUACAAAUGGCCUUCUGAUAAUCAUCCUGGGUGUGAUAUUCAUAGAGGGCAACUGUGUCCCUGAGGAAAACAUCUGGGGUUUCUUGAAUAUGAUAGGCGUCCGUGCUGGGAGGAAGCACUUCAUUUAUGGGGAGCCUAGGAAGCUCAUCACCAGAGAUUGGGUGCAGGAGAAUUAUCUAGAGUACCGGAUGGUACCUAAUAGUGAUCCUUCACGGUACGAAUUCCUGUGGGGUCCAAGGGCCUAUGCUGAAACCAGCAAGCUGCAAGUUUUGAAAUUCUUGGCCAGGAUCAAAGGGAUGGACCCCAUUUCCUUCUCACUCUGGUAUGAGGAGGCUUUAAGAGAUGAGGAAGAGAGAGCUGGGGCCAGAAAUAACUCCAUGGAUAGUAAUACUGCCAUGUUUACUGUGCAGCAUUUGCCAGUAAUUCCUGACCCAACUGAAGGAUGA